AUUGAGAAUUUGGGACUUUAUUAACCGUUCAACUCAGUGAGUCGUCCAGUCUGACGCAUGAAUUGAUUUGCAAUAAUCACCGCACCGUUUGUAUAGUGCUUGAGUUUCUGGAAUUCAUGUUGAGUUACGUAUAUCCCUAUUGCUAUCUAUCAGUCUCGAGAAACGCUGCUUCGAGUACCAUGGUGUCAGUCUAACAACAUGCGUCCGGAGUGUUUACUUACUUGAAUCGUAUUGUCGUUGACAGUUUUAAGUGACCACAUCCACCCUUCGUCAUCCACAACAUACAUGUCUACAUUAAAUCUUUCACAUUUGAGCCACCGUGCCAGACGCGCUUAUUUGAAAAAGCUUAAGCGUAAAAAGAAACGCCAGGCUCGGGCGCAACUGGCUGAGAAACUAGAAUUAGAAGAGUUCUCUCGACUAGAGGCUUCUCCCUCGUAUCAACUGAAAUUGAAAGAGGAAGAGAAACAUUUACAGCUCGAGAAGGAACGGAACGAGCAGGAAGCACGGGACUGGCUGAACCGAGAGAUAGCCGCUCAAGAACAGUGGAGGGAAGAACAGAGAAAAAAGGCCGAGCUUCAGCGCCGAGAAGAAGAGCUAUUGCUUCGAAAUCGUGAAGAAAGGGCGGGAGUUCAGUUGGAAAAGGCGCCUCAACCGGAACCAACAAACUAUCUGAUUCAGGUUGAGAGCAUGUUGUUUCACAUUCAACUCGAUUCAGCCGUCGUAUCCUCUCAUGAGUUCUCCGUGUCAUGUGUUAGCCUUCCACCUUUCUCUAUAUUCUCGCCAAUGGUCUCUGUGCUUCUCUGAUCUCCUCACCGUUCUCAACCUUCAUCUAUAACGGUAUUAUGGGUAAAAUUACUUGCCAUCAGUUACUUUCCUGUUACGACCUUAACGAAGACUACCAACUACAACAGCUGCGCUCAUUAAGUGACUGUCAGCUAAUA